ACAGUUUUGCCGUGACCUUCGCCUUGUGACUGUCUUUUGUGGUAUCCUUCGGCGAUACUCUUCGGGAAAAGGACUUAAACGAACGCGACUUUUGAGAGACUCGAACGCUAUCUUUGACACGGGCGAAAUGGGACAUAAGAGAAUGCUGCUGCUGCUGGUUUCGGCGCUGGCGUGCUUCGCGGGCGUGGCGCGGGCCUCGGAGCCGCCCGUGAGCCCGUGGCAGGUACUCAACCCGCCCCUCGAGGCAGACCUCGACGUCUACUCAGCCCAGAACACCUACCCGGAGGAGUACGAGGCCGACCCCGACGUCCCUGAUUACGAGGAUGAGCUGGAGGAGGAGGAGGAGAUGCACAUCCCCGAGCUGCCCUUCAAACUGCCCUUCAAGCUGGACAAGAAGCAGGUUGACGUGGCCAUGAAGAUCCUGAAGGAGGCCGUGAAGCCCAUCCUGAAGAGCAGGGCGCUCCGCGAGUACGUAGCUUACUUCGACGACUCUCUGGCCAGCUACAACGGCGACAUCGAGACCCAGCUGUACCUCAGGCUCGCCCUCGACUCGGCGCAGGAUAUCUACGAGGGCAAGGAGGCGGGGCAGAUCCACUCUGUCGUCAAGGAGUUCUUCACCGACAUGAGUGACGAGGAGACAGCUCGCACCAUCGAAGACAUGUGGGACUACGUGUCGCCCGCCAUGGACGAGUGGUUCUACGCCCCCGUCAGGAAGUACCUGGUCGACCCCGUCAGGGACUACCUGUACUACCCAGUCUCCAACGCCAUCAACGACUUCGCUGAUCGCAUCGGCAGAUUCAUGAACAACGACUACGAUUCAUCCUACGUCAGCGUCCAGUACCCGCAGUACCAGAGAUGGAGCGACUCCGUGAACAGGUUCACCAACAGGAUCUCCAAGUGGACCAGCCAGGCGCGCCGCAGCCUCGAGACCGCCGCGAAGGUUCUGGAGGCUCAGGACGAACAGUACGAAGCCAGGGCUUGUGGAGGAUCCUGCGGGAGCACCGCUCUGGAGGAGGAUUCUACCGAUCUUGAUGUCCAGUGAUCAUGAACUCCAGUUCGAUGACGGAGACGCUUACAACCAGUACUCAAAGAGCGAACUUUUAUAAGUUUUCGUUCGGAGAAGGAAAAAAAAGAAAAGGAAAAAAAAAAGAAGAAUAACUGCAGCACGACCUGACCUGGAGGGAAGAGGGAAUAAGAAGAAACAGAAGAGCAUUGGGAUUGUUUUUUGAUUUUUGUUUAUCUUUCUCUUUCUGUUUCUCUCUUUCUCUUCGCCGGUGACUCGCUGACAGCUCGACAGCGACCUAAGGACUGUGAUGAUAUGUUUUUAUUUUUUUUUCUAUUUUUGUUCUACUUAAAAACAAAAAAGAAAAAUCACUGCGAGAAGAAAAGAGAGAUUGGAAGAGGAAAAAUUAAGGUUGUUGCGGAUUAUAGAUGAUUAUUUGUUAUAUAUGAUUUUUUUUUCUUCUUCUUUAUUUUGGUUGUCAAGCCUUUCUCUCUCAGUGUUCUUGUCCAAUCGCCUUUUGUUUUAAUCUCAUGCUCUUACGAGUUCUGUAAUUACCUCACUGCAUUUUUUGUAAACUGUCAUGGAUUCCAUAUUUCAGCUCUCAAGUGAUGCUUUUACAGGGUGCAUAUGUUUUCAUGUUAGACAGCCCCUUUCAUAUGCCUGUGUAAGGUGGCUGAAUAUAUACAUACAUGUAUGAUAUAUAUAUAUAUAUAUAUAUAUAUAUAUAUAUAUAUAUAUAUAUAUAUAUAUAUAUAUAUAUAUAUAUACAUAUAUAUGUACGUAUGUUUAUGUAUAUAUGUAUGUAUGUACGUUUGUAUGUAUAUGUGCUUAUAUAUAUGCAUACGUACACAUGAGUACAUGCCUAUGUGUGAGUACAUAUGCUUGCGUGUGUACCCAGCCACAUAUGCCCACGUAUGCCAACCCGAGUGUAUUCUAAUCUCGACUUUCUUAUCGACGCAAGACCGUUAGUCAAUGCCAUCUCAUUAUCUCUUACUCUUCGGCGAUCCCAACUCUCGAUUUCUCUCCAAAACGGGUGACACUUCAUUCUCGAUAAGGGUUCUGUCAUGACAUCAGUGACCAAAGACAUAGUAGUGUAUCAGUAGACAAGUUCAAGACAGUUCUGUGAAUUCUCGACCAAUGAUACGAAGUGACUCGACUGUCUGUGGAUCGCAGGGCAGACAGGAUAUCAGCUCUGUUUUUUUCACUUUCUUUUAUUUUUAUUCACAUUUUUGUUUGAUUUUUUUUUUCAUUUUUUUCUCUGUUGGAGAAUGUGAAUGUUUGAUUUGAGGAUCUGUUUCACUGGAGUAUUGUAGACUGUCUGUAUAUGCAAAUCGUAUUUAUAUGUAUCCAAGAUUAUGCAUAUUUGCCAAAAUAGUUGAGUUUUCAGUCACUUCAGUAAUCCAAAAUAGUAAGGAUAUAUAAUUUCAUUAACGUCAAUUUUUCUCAUAUACCUUUUGUUUCAUUUUAUUUUACUUUUUUCUUACUAAUAUACCGUUGUUAUUUAUUACCAGCAUAUUUAUUUGUAACUAAGUAGAAACUUUUCGAAUUGUUUUCAUUACAUUUUGCAGGACAAAAUUGUAAGAAAUAAAAAGAGACAGGACAGAAGACUGCAAAUAUUGUUGUUGUUGUUGUUGAUUUUGUCUUGUUGUACAUAGUAAUAAGCUGACUUUUCCAAUAAAGUGUUUGUUAAGUUU